AUGUCUAUCACUGUAAAAAAAAGAUACGAAGUAGAUGGUUAUUAAAUUAUUAACAGAGGGAACUACAGCUAUGUGUUUCAUUGCAAAGAUAAGGAAAAUUAAGAAUUGAAAUUAGCUGCGAAGGUAAUCAUCAUAUUUUGAUAUCUAGAAAAUCUCAUUAGCUUCAAUGGGCAUAAAUAAAUCUCUAUAAGAAUACGAAAUAUUAGACUCAUUAUAAGUAUUCCUAAACCCACACAUUGUAAAAUGUUAUGAUAUUGAAUAAAUUGGCGACGAUGUAUUUAUUAUUUUGGAAUUGUGUGAAUUGGGAGAUUUGAGUAAGAAAAUUUAUGAAAUGAGAUAAAAAAACUAACGAUUCACGGCUGAAUAGAUUUUGGAUUUUAUUAUUCAGGUCGUAGAUGGCGCAUUUCUUCUUUAUAAAAAAAAGAUUUUUCACAGAGAUAUUAAACCAUAAAACAUUCUAUUAACAAUGGAUUCUAACAAUAAUCUCAUAUACAAAGUAAUUUUAUUUUAUACUUAGAUUUGUGACUUUGGAUCAGCCAGAUUUGUUCAGGAUAUGGGAUAGGCAUAAAAUUUCACAAAAUAUCUCACACCUUUAUAUCAAUCUCCUGAAAUUUCAAUCUAAUAAAUAUUUUCUCCUAAAUCAGACAUCUUCUCAUUUGGAUUAAUUAUAUACGAAUUAUGUUUCUUAAAACUUCCAUAUAUAACUAAAGAGGAGCAAUAACCUUUCUUCAAUUAACUGAAGGAUGAAAAAUUCUAAUUUGAUUUGAGUACUAUUGAGGGUUCUAAUGAAUAGAUAAAUUUAAUUAAAUUGAUUAUAGAAUAGACGAUAGUGUACAAAUAAGAAAAUAGAAUAAAUUGGGAAGACUUAUAUGCAAUAACUACAGAUUUUAAAUAAUAUUCAUAAACCAUAUAUGAAUAACAAAAUGCCGAAAAUUUUUGUUAUACUAUAGCUAAAUAACAUGUUAAUUUGUUAAUGAAAAAAUCUUAAUUGGUUAAUGUUCUGAUGCUUGAAUUCUAAAAUUGUUUGUAACUAUAUAUUUUAUUUUAGUUAACUAAAUAUACUUGAUAUUUCCUUGAAUAUUUUCAAAUUAGCUUUUACUACGCUAGCCUGUUGUAAACAUUUAUUGUGUAUGUCAAUUAUUUCCUUUAUGGAGGGUAAUUACAAAAAUCUAAGUUCAAAUCUCAAAAAAAUAAUAAAAGAAGAGAGGUUUUAAGAAUUAUCUGGAAUUUACAAACAAAAAUUCAAAUAAGAUCCUGAUAUCAAAUUUAAUUUUGAUGAUAUUAACAUAAAGAAGUUUAAUUAUGCUUUGGAUGUAAUUAUAUUUGUAAAAAAUUAAUAGAUGGCCCAUUUUUAAAUUAAUUGGAUAAAUGAUAUAAACAAAAAUUAUCAGAACUAAUUUAAGGAUUUACAUGAUCAUUUCAUUCAGUUUGCUGCAUUUGCUAAAAAUAUAGGAUCUUCUUCAAAUUAUGAAGACUAUAUAUAUUUAUGGAAUGACCUAUUUUAAACACAAAUAGAACCAAAAAUUCCUUAAAACAAUUAAUAAGGAAACUUAAAUAUGUAAAUUUAAGAAUUAUUUAAUUAUAAAUAGAUUUUUAGCUUUAAAUAGAAGUUUUAGCAUAAGUGA